AUGCAGAGAUUGCAAACGACUGUCACAUUCAGCUCAUCCGCCGAAGAGAUCAGCCAUUCAUCCGAUGAGGCGAGUGGUGGCGGAUCGGCCAACACUGACGACAAGACCAAUACCCGGAUUAAGACCCACACGAAGAGCAGCAGCGAUGGUCAGCCGCUGGUAUCGGUGGUGAAGAGCCACCGACGGAACGGUUCUCUUCGGCAGCGGUUCGAAAGCGCCGAACAAUUGGUGCAGAAGUUUGUGACGGAAGCGGAAGCGGUGGCCGAACACGCGGUGAUUAAGCUGUGUUCAGACGCGUGGCACGUCUGCCACUUCAACGCUCUGCCCAAAUGGCUUCAGGACAACGACUUCCUGCACAAAGGGCACAGACCGCCGCUGCCGUCGUUUCGCCAGUGCUUUAAGUCGGUCUUCCGAUUGCACACCGAAACGGGCAACAUAUGGACGCACGGAUUGGGCGCCGCGCUCUUCGUUCUGCUGUUCGCGUACUCAAUGGUCACUUUCGACUACAGGGAGCGCUCGUUCGUGGAUGGGCUAAUGCUGGGCAUCUACUUCUGCGGUGCCAUCACAUGCCUGUCCUUCUCGACAAUCUUCCACACGUGUAGCUGUCACUCGAGGGAAGUGUCCAAGUUUUGCUCCAAACUGGACUACUGUGGCAUUUCUAUACAGAUCAUCGGCUCAAUGAUUCCCGCACUCUAUUACGGCUUUUACGACAACCAAAUCAUGUAUUUGACGUACAUUACGGUUGGAGUGGUUCUGUGUAUCAUAUCUAUAGUGAUCUCUAUGUGGGACAAAUUCAGUGAACCCAAGUUCCGGCCGCUCAGAGUCGGCGUCUUUCUCGUGUUCGGCCUCUCGAAUGUGGUUCCGGGCAUCCAUUGGGCGAUUGUCUUGGAGUCGCACCUCAUUGGCUCAUUCCUGUUGUUCAUAUUGCAGGGUAUGCUGUAUGUGAUCGGCGCCGCGCUCUACGCCAUCCGAAUCCCGGAGCGCUUCUUCCCGGGAAAGUGUGAUUAUUGGUUUCAAUCGCACCAAAUAUUUCACAUUCUCGUCGUCACCGCAGCCAUUGUCCACUUGAAUGGCAUCAAUGGUAUGGCGGCGUUGAGGCUCAGCGAAACACAGCUCCAGCCCGUGGUUGAAGUCCAGUAG